GGUUUAGAUGAGGCACUCGAGGCCCUGUCAAUGGUGAACCUUGAACGACUUGUCUUGGCAAAACGCGAGAGAAAUUCAGCAAGCACACUUCUCCAACACUGAUCGUCGCAAACACAAACCAAAAAUGUUGCUUAACGAGCAUACAGCUUUGGUGACAUCGCAGAUCUUGCUGUGUCCAUACAGCGAGCAUCAUGUACCAACAUAUCAUGAAUGGAUGAAAGACGAGGAACUCCAAGCCCUCACGGCCUCUGAACCCCUAAGCCUACCCGAAGAAUACGACAUGCAACGAUCCUGGCGCCAGGACCCCGACAAACUAACCUUCAUCGCCUGCCUCCCACCCACCUCCCCUGCAACCGCUUCCACAACAAUUACACCAAAACAAGACGACGCACCUUCCCGCAUGAUUGGCGAUAUAAAUCUCUUUCUCUUCGACGACGACGAAGACGACGAGGAAGAAUCCUCCACCUCCACAACUUCAAAACAAAUCAUCGGCGAAAUCGAACUCAUGAUAGCGCUAAAAUCACAUCACCGCAAAGGCCACGGUCGCGCCUCUCUUCUCGCUUUCCUCUCCUACAUUCUCACAAACAGUGGCGCUAUUCUAUCCGAAUACACUCAAGGCACUUCAGGAAUCUUGAACUUCUUGCGUGUAAAGAUCAACAAGGAUAAUGUCAAGAGUAUUGCGCUGUUUGAGAGUGUAGGGUUUGAGAGGACGAGUGCGGAGGCUAAUUAUUUCGGAGAGGUGGAGUUGAGAAUACAGGUGAAGGGGGAAGAGGAGGUUGCAUUGAAGGAAUUGGAGGGGGCGAAGGGAUGGAACGGACGACCAUUUGUUAUUGGAUAUGGUGAGGUGUAAUUCGCCGCUACCUAUCAUCUACUCUUGAUCUUCCUAGCCACUUGGCCAGCCUGAGGCUCUGAAAUCUUGACACCUUACAAUCUUAGUCAUAAACUCUCUCAAUCCUCCUUAACCCUCC